AUGGCGUCGUCGUCGUCGCUAUCCUCGGUUGUGUCAAAUCUUGUGAGGGCCUCUAUGGGCACCUCUGUGUCGCCCACGGUGACUGACGAAGACUUGGACCGCCAUGUUGCCGAAUUAUUGAUUAAAGAUGCCAAGAAGAGGGCUGAACGGUACGGCCAACAAGGUAUCCGCGCCUACCUUUCCAGCCAACUUUCAGAUAGUAAUGCCCCAAAGACUAACAAGCGAUUCCUGUCCUCUAUCAUUCGAAGCACGGAUGAACACAACAAGACCAUUCUAAAAGCGCAGGCUCUUUCCGCUCAGGAGAUACAGAGGGAGAAAGAGGAGUUACAGAGGAAGCAACGUCGCGCGCGUGCGGAGGAGGCGGUUGCUGCCCGGCGAACUAAGAUGGACAGUCGAAAGUCUGCUGAGAAAGAGAGUUGGGACAGGUGGGAUGGGCGGACAGGAGAUAGAAAGAGGAAGCAUAGGGAGUGGGAAACGUGGAAUGGGGACGAUUCGGAUGAGGACAGGCAGCGACGACGGCGACGGCGGUCAUCAUCGCGCGAUGAGCAUCGUGGCAGACGGCGUCGUUCCGCCAGUCGGGACGAGCCGAGACGCAAGUCGCGGCGUAGUCGCAGUCGAAGCUCCAGCGAUCAGGACGACCACGACUCCAAGCAUACGACCCGUUCUCAUCGAUCCCGCCGUUCAACAAGACACACGUCACGCCGUUCCCGAAGCAGGUCGUGGUCUUCUGAUGGACACAGACACAGACAUACCCGCAGACACCAUCAUUCCAAGUCAAGACGUCGACGCAGCUCGCGUUCACGUACCCGCAGUCCUUCGUCAAUAAGGGAAAGUUCCAGGUGGAAACGAUCCCGGUCUUCGUCGCGGUCAGAGCGCGCACGCGACCAAUCACCCUCUGAUGCCCGUAACCUAUCUGAUUCGCGUAACCUGUCGAAGGAAGCUGAACUACGGCAGAAGCUCAGGGCGUCAAAGGAUAAAGCACCUUCGAUUGCUGCCAAGUUACCUGAGAGCGAAAGUCGCCGUAGAUCCCUAACACCACCUUCCAAGCGACAGAAGACUCGCGCUCCAUCUGUGGAGUCGACAUUGUCUUCGCCUAUGUCGAUAUCUCCUUCUGCUUCCCCUGGGCCGGAGCCUCCGGUUCAGCUACCUUCAAAGAUGGACAAGUAUUUUGAAGAAUCGUAUGAUCCCCGCCUGGACGUUGCGCCUCUUAGUGCCCCCAAGGUCCCGGCUACAGGUCUCAUCGAUAAUGCUGAAUUUGAGGGUUGGGAUGCUAUGCUGGAGCUCAUCCGGGUAAGAAGGGAGGACAAGGAGGAGAAAAAGAGACUGGAGAGGAUGGGUUUGAGCAAGGAGCAGAUCAAGAAAGAGAUCUCUUCCUCGAAAGCCGUGGGCGACAGGUGGAAUUCUGGUGGUGCAAGCGCCAUGGACAUCGAAUACAAGAAACGGGGAACGGUAAGGGAGUGGGAUCUGGGAAAAGAUACCAUGUAG